UCAAGAUAUGAAGAGAUGAUACUUGAAAUUGAUCAUAAUAUAAAACCUUAUUAUUUUAUUCUCUCAGGGUUCUGUUCCUGGUUACUGUUAGCAGGAUUUCUCGUAUCUCCAUCUACAUACGCCUCAGUGCAGCAAUCGGAUGCACUAGAUAACUCGGGAAAGGUUGGGGAAUCUAUCAUCCAUGUUGUUCGAAACGUUCCUCUUAUCUAUAUUGCCUCUUUUGCCUGUUUGAGCGCUACAAUAGGCAUGGUAUGGCUCUGGUACAAAUUUCGUUCCAAUCACGUCUGGACAAGUCGUUAUCUAAUUGUUCCUACGUUAAUGCACUCAGCAGUAGGAUUAGGGUCAGCAAUUCUAAAUAUUUAUAGUAAUCAACAUGGUCAAUGGUCCAUAACUGCUAUAAUUACAGUAAGUAUAGUAGGAGUAUGGUUUAUAAUAUCCAGUGGACUUUACAUAGUAUAUGAUUUUAUUAUUCUACCGUAUCUAAAA